GGUUCGUGUUGUUCCGUUGUUCUGUUCAUGUUUGUUCGGCCAUUUUCAAUUUUCAUUUUAUUCCAAAUCCAAACUAAAACCAAAUCUAAUAGACAAUUUGUUUAUGUGAAUGUGAACUAACUGAAGUUACUGCAUCAAACUGUUCGGGACUGGGAAACUCAUCGUAUUGUAGUUUUAGAAUUGAAACAGAUUGUGAUUUGAAGUAAUAAUGGUGAAAGACUAUAAGAACGACAAGGAGCCUGAGCACAUCCGUAAACUCUUUAUUGGUGGUCUCGAUUAUAGGACUACUGACGAGUCGCUCAAGAAACAUUUUGAACAAUGGGGCGAAAUUGUAGAUGUUGUAGUAAUGAAGGACCCAAAGACAAAAAGGUCUCGUGGCUUUGGUUUUAUUACAUAUUCACAAGCUGCUAUGGUUGAUGAUGCUCAGAACGCCCGUCCCCACAAAGUUGAUGGCAGAGUCGUGGAGCCCAAACGAGCCGUACCCAGAACGGAAAUCGGAAGACCUGAAAGCGGAGCGACCGUCAAGAAAUUAUUUGUUGGUGGAUUAAAAGAAGAGCAUGAAGAACAGGACUUGAAAGACUAUUUUGGACAAUUUGGAAGUGUGGUUUCUGCAACAAUUGUAUCAGAAAAAGAAACUGGUAAAAAGCGAGGCUUCGGCUUUGUGGAAUUUGAUGACUAUGAUCCUGUGGAUAAAGUUUGCUUGCAAGGAACCCAUACGUUGAAGGGCAAGCGAAUAGAUGUGAAGAAGGCGCUCAGUAAGGCAGACAUGGCCAAGAUGUCCCAGAAUAGACAAGGAGGCGGAGGUGGAGGUCGAGGCAACCAGGCUGCCUGGGAUAACCAAGGCAAUGACUGGGACAACAGUGGCAAUUAUGGCGGCGGUGGUGGCGGCUGGGGUGGUAACAACGGCCCCUGGGAACAACCUCAGGCCAUGGCUGGGGGUGGAUGGAACUCAGGCGGGGGCCAGUGGGGCAACGACGGCUUCGGCUCCAGCUACCAGCAAGGCUAUGGGGGAGGGCCGGUCAGAGGCAACGUCAGUGGCAACACCAGAGCUACUCCUUACGGUGGUGGUGGCGGUAACGGUGGCUACGGUGGUGGCAACCAAGGUGGUUAUGGCGGCGGUGGUGGUUACAACCAGAGGAGAUACUAGGUGAACCUUCCCUAUUCUCCACGUUUAAAUGCAGGUGUGUCCAGUCAGGCAAGCGUAGGUCUACUUAGGCAGAGAUCAAUACUGGACAAUCAGGCAGGCAAGUUAGAAGCAGGACAGUCUAGGAACAUCGGCAUUUAGGCGUUACUAUGUAAUUCAUUACACUUUAAUGUAAGGUUUCUUUAUUUCACAAUAUUUAGGACUCUCUAUUUAUAGGGUUGCUUUCUUUUACCAUCAACUCUUAGUGUGGUUUAACAUAUAGGUAUAAAAAAAAACAUUAAAUAGAUGGUAUUUUCGUCACACCGUUAAACUAAUAUUUUUUUAAUUUGCUGAGAUCUCGGUCCUUAGCCAGUAUUUCGGAUUUAAUAUCCUACUAGAUUUAUUAGUGUUGAAUGAGUCAUUUUUAUUUAUUGAUGUUUUGUGAUAAAUGUAUUUUAUUUACUGUGAAAACUUUGUGGAAUAAACUAAUAUUUGUAAU